AAUUCGGGCUCUCUCCUCAAACCGUCCAACUUAGUCCAUAAGCUUUCUGCACUCGUUCUGCUCGUGAAUGACCCUCCAGUUCUACACCUGAAGUGGGUUUCGAGUAUAAAUUCAGUUUGAAAUUCGGAUUUUUUAUCAUCAUCUUCAUCUCUCCUCAUCUAUACUCGGUUAAUCCGAAUUCUUGUGGUUUCUAGCCGAAGAUGGCCGGUGGCAUCUUCAAUCGUCUGUUUUACUAUCUAUUUUUUGUGUAUUUGGCAUCUUCUUUUGCUGGAUUGCAGGUUUUUGUGCGGGGUCGGUUGCUUCUAAGUUCUAAACCCCACCCGGAUGAUGCUGCGGCCACUGCUCGUUGGUUGGUUUCUCAGAAUUCAUGGGGAAUCUUGAGCACCAUCUCAAGUGAUUUCGGGGGAGCGCCUUUUGGGAAUGUGGUUUCGUUUAGUGAUGGGCCACCGGGCAAAGGUCGAGGCACGCCAUAUUUCUACUUAACAACUCUUGACCCAACUGCAAGAUAUGCAAUCUCAGAUGAGAGGGCUUCAUUUACGCUAAGUGAGUACCCUAUUGGCACUUGUGGCAAGAUAGAUCCCGAAAACCCGACUUGCGCGAAGAUUACGUUGAUCGGGAAGGUAAAAUUCUUGGUUUCACAUUCACAUUCUCCAACUUUAUCUUCUGUCCAUCUUGAAUUACUUAAAUCACUGUUUGGCCUACAGCUGAGGCAGGUGGAUCCUAAUUCCAAAGAAGUAGAGUUUGCUAAAACUUCCUUGUUCUCAAAGCAUGCAGAGAUGAAGAAGUGGCCUAAGGAUCACGACUUUCGGUUCUACAAAUUAGUAAUAGAGAACAUAUUCUUGAUCGAUUGGUUCGGUGGGCCGAAGCCACUUACAGUCGAUCAAUAUCUACAUUUCAAAUUGGAUGAGCUCACAUCCAUGAAAUGAAUUUGUUGUACACUCUGAUCUUCCCUGCUCAUAUCAGCUUCCUGGGUUUAAACUGUAAAAAGUUUAUAUAGAUUCAUUGUUUAUGGGAAGAAUAAAGUUUCGUUCAUUUGUUGUCCACAUUCCAGAGUUGCUGAUGGGUCUUCAAUUAUGUAUUAUUUAUAAAUAAAUUUGAUAAAUGUGUUAUGAUAUUAACGCAUUUCUUUAAUUAAUUA